AUGGCUGGACACCUGCUGUUAGUCGCCCUCAUGUAUUCAUUUUCUGAGAAGAAAGCACAAGCUCUUCUUCCACCUAAACUGACGGUGAAUCCAGCGGUGAUCACAGAGACAGAAACAGUCACACUGAACUGUCAGACUCCAUCAUCUGUUUCUGUGUCUCAGUGUUAUUUUCAUAUUGAAAGAGGAAAACCAGGCAAAGUCUUCUCAUGUCUGAAGACACUGACAGGGACUGAGCUGCUGGAGAUGACACACCAGAGUUCACCUGCUGAGGUUAAAGUGACAUGUUUUUAUCUCUACGGUUCUUCAUCUCCUGACAGUGACGUUUCCUCCAUCAUCAUCAGAACAUCUCUUCCACCUAAACUGACAGUGAAUUCAGUGGUGAUCAACGACACAGACUCAGUCACACUGAACUGUCAGCCUCCAUCAACUGUUUCUGUGUCUCAGUGUCAUUUCUACACUGUAAAUGGAGGAACAGCCAAAGUCCUCUCAUGUCUACAAACACUGACAGCUACUGAGCUGCUGGAGAUGGCACAUCAGAGUUUACCUGCCAAGAUUCAAGUGACGUGUUUUUACACUGUAAAGAUUGGAGAGUUAAACUAUCCGUCUCCAUACAGUGACAGGUCCUCCAUCACCAUACACAGUCUAACCCUCCCUGCUGCAGGUACUCUGACCCCUGCUGACACAACUCUCAUGAAACCAGCUUCUGGUGAUGAAACAGAUAUUAUGGAAAGAGAGUCAAGAAUGCCCCCGACAAUGCCAACAUUCAGUAUGAGCACAGGCCAAAAACCAGAGAUCACAUUUCAGCAUUUUUACGGUGACCGUGUUUUCUUUACUUGCUCUCUGCCUGGAUCUGCUAAUCGUGACACAAGAUGUAACCUGUACCUUGGAGAAGCAACACGUCCAGUCCUAACAACAAACACAGAGAGGAAAAAGACCUCAACCAAUCAGAGGUUCUGCCAGUUUACUGUUAUAAUUAAUGAUUUGCUGAGACGUCUACAUUUAGGUCAACAAAGUGAUGCCAGCUGUGAUUACAGUUUGGGAAGUGAACCCAACUCUUUGUCUCCUCGCAGUGAUAGAUACAAACUGACUGAAAUUGUGGAGAGAGAAUCAUACAUGACACCGACUAUGCCAACAUUUAGCAUGACCACAGGGCUGACAGUUAACAAUCCUGGUGCUUCAACUCCUGUGACUCUUGUGAAAACCACAUCAAGUCAGACUAUUGGUACACCAAGUGACACUGGUGCCUCCAUUUCUACUUUCCUUACAUCAGUGAAACCAGAAGCAGUUACUGGCAUAACUUCCAGUGCUGCAGGUAGUUUGACUUCUGCUGACACAACUUCUAUAAAUCCAACAUGUGGUGAUGAAAUAACAGCCUGGUACUAA